GGCGUGCUUGUCUUCUCGUAUGAGAAGAGCUUUGAAGCUUUCUUCCUCUUCUUCUUUUUAUUCCAAAGCUAUACUCUCCAGCUUACUCAUUCUUCAGAAACCGCUGCGAAUAUGGCGUCUCAGGUCCCCCACGUUCCUCCUCGUGCUGCCACCGUCCAGUCGGCCACCGAGCUCAUCGGUAACACGCCUCUCGUACGACUGAACAAGAUUCCCCAGUCGCUGGGUAUCGAGUGCGAUGUCUACGUCAAGCCUGAGCUGUUCAGUGCUGGCGGCAGCGUCAAGGACAGAAUCGCCUUGAGGAUGAUUGAGGAGGCCGAGAAGAGCGGCCGUAUCAAGCCCGGCGACACUCUGAUCGAGCCUACCAGCGGAAACACUGGCAUUGGUCUCGCCCUCGUCGGCGCCAUCAAGGGCUACAAGACCAUCAUCACCCUCCCCGAGAAGAUGUCCGCCGAGAAGGUCUCGGUCCUCCGUGCCCUCGGCGCCACCAUCAUCCGUACCCCUACGCAGGCUGCUUGGGACAGCCCCGAGUCUCACAUCGGCGUCGCCAAGCGCCUCGAGAAGGAGAUCCCCAACGCCCACAUCCUUGAUCAGUACAGCAACAAGGACAACCCGCUCGCCCACGAAUUCGGCACCGCCGAGGAGAUCUGGGAGCAGACCGCCGGCAAGAUCAACGCCAUUGUUGCUGGCGCCGGUACUGGUGGUACUAUUACUGGUCUUGCGCGGGGUCUCAAGAAGCAUAACAAGGACAUCAAGGUUAUUGCGGCGGAUCCUCAGGGCAGUAUUCUUGCUCUGCCCGAGCUUCUGAACGAGGAGCACGCCAACGAGUCUUACAAGGUGGAGGGAAUCGGCUAUGACUUUAUUCCCGACGUUCUCGACCGCGAGAUUGUUGAUAAGUGGUACAAGACCGACGAUCAGCAGUCCUUCUACCUCGCCCGUAGACUCAUUUCUGAGGAGGGUCUUCUUGUUGGUGGCAGCUCCGGCUCUGCUAUGGCUGCCAUGCUCCUCGCGGUCAAGGAGUUUGGUUUCAAGAAGGGUGAUGUCGUGGUCGUCAUCCUCCCCGACAGCAUCCGAAGCUACCUCUCCAAGUUUGCCGACGACGACUGGCUGGCAGCCAACAACCUGCUGCCCGUCAACGGAAUCGAGUCCACCGCUGCUGAUGCCCAGAAGUCUUCGGACCCUUACGAGGGCGAAACUAUCGCCUCUCUCCGCCUCAAGCCUGUCACAUCAGUCGGUGCUACUUCUCUGUGCUCCGAGGCCAUCGAGACCAUGCGCGACAAGGGCUUCGACCAGCUCCCCGUCCUCUCGGCCUCUGGAAACAAGCUGGUUGGUCUCGUGACCCUGGGCAACCUGCUGAGCUACAUCUCUCGAGGCCGCGCCACCGCGCAGAGCCAGGUCAAGGACGUCAUGUUCGACUUUGCCCGUCUCGACGAGAUCGUCACCGACCCCCGCGAGUUCGCCUCGCCCAUCAACCCCGGAAAGAGGAGGAAGUUUGUCGAGAUCACCAAGGACACCCCUCUGAGCACUCUCAGCAAGUUCUUUGAGUGGAACAGUGCGGCCGUCGUGACCGAAAAGGCCGACGACUCCAAGUCCCUGUCCAAGCCCAUCGCGGUCGUGACAAAGGUGGACCUCCUCACAUGGAUGGUCAACAAGAAGCUGUAA